GUGAGGAAAUGCGAGCGUUGCGGUGCUGGGGACGCCUUCGGCGCGUUGUUUAUCGCCGCAGGGUUUUGCCUCACCAGAACUGAAGUGAAUGGCAGCAUGAACGUACCUGGCUUGAAUGCUGAGAAGGAUGAGGUGAUGCUGCACAUUGCAAUUUUGUGUGAGGAUCAGCUGAACAUGCUGUUCAUCACCAAACCUGAUGACACAAUCUUUGGAUCCAAGGAUAUGCUUGCACCUUAUGCCUUAUAUACUACAUCUAUUUUAUCCACCAUCUAUAACUUGGUAAGCAUUGGAAUUGAACGCUACCUGGCUGUGGCUGAAAGCAUUAGGACAAGGUUCAGGGUUGCUAGAAACCAUUCCAUAGCUGUAGUUUUAAUUAACUGGGUCCUUGCUUUCUUUCUGGGCUGCCUGCCAUUGAUGGGGUGGAACUGCUUGCACACAGGAAAAAAUCUCUCAGUCCUCUACAGUCCAUUUUGUGUUGACUACCUCAUCUUCAUCACCACUCCCAAUGUUGUGGCAGCUUUCAUUGUUCCUCUGUUCACCUACCUUAGAAUCAUUAUGAUCCUGAGGAAAAGAAAGCUGAGAAUGAAAGCGUGUGGGCAAGCUAUCGGUACCUACAAAUCAGCUGAAAUCCAGGUUGCCAGAACUAGUAUUUUUAUAUGGCUCCUGGCAUUGGUGUCCUACGCUCCUCUUUUUGCAGGAGUCAUCUUUGAUGCAAUAAACCACCAGUGCCCCCUCGAUCUCUAUCCAAGCGUCUACAUCUUCCGAAACUGCACAGCUAUGCUGAUAACCACGAACUGUUUGGGAAAUCCCAUCAUAUAUACACUGAAAACCAAAACCCUAGGGGCUAAACUCAAGUCUCUGAAAUGCCUUUCUGGCAAACGUCUCCAAGCCUGCACCAUCGCGAACAUCUAACCGCGGCCGCCCCUGUGCUCCGUGGACUCUGUUCUGCUUCCAGGGCAGCGGGAGCGCCC